UGCCAGGCUUCGGCAACCCAAGCAGCAGCGGCUACAGCCCCGGCCAAUGGUAGUGGCCAGCCUACGCUGCCCUCAGCUAGGCCGGAGGACAAGCGGCUCAGCAACAUUUCAGAAAACAGUGAGGACAGUGUGGACUGCCCGGCCUACUCGUGUUCACCACCCGCCUCCGACGUGCUUCUGCUCUACCCACAUCAGGGUCCGGGUAGUCCCAAGGACUCCUUGGGCUCUAAGGGGAGCGAGGCGCAGCGCAAGCGCCAGUACCGGGUGGGGCUGAACCUGUUCAAUAAGCGGCCUGAAAAGGGCAUCCGUUAUCUGGUGGAGCGCGGCUUCCUGGACCCCUGCCCUCGAGCCGUAGCCAGAUUCCUCAUCUCGCGCAAGGGCCUGAGCAAGAUGCGCAUUGGCGAGUACCUGGGUGACCUGCAGGGUCCGUUCAAUGCCCGUGUGCUUGAGUGCUUUGUCGAAGAGCUGGACUUCGCCGGAAUGCAGGUGGACCUGGCCCUCCGGCGUUUCCAGAGCCACUUCUUGUUACCAGGGGAGGCCCAGAAGAUUGAGCGGCUAGUCGAGGUGUUCAGCCAGCGGUACGCACGCUGCAACCCGGAUGUUGUGGCCAAGCUGGCCAGUCCCGAUACUCUCUUUGUCCUGGCCUUCUCAGUGGUGCUACUGAACACUGACUUACACACGCCCUCGGUGAAAGCCGACAAGCGCAUGAAGCUGGAAGACUACGUCCGUAACCUGCGAGGGGUGGACGAAGGCCGGGACCUGGACCGGGACAUGCUGGCAGGCAUCUAUGAGCGCAUCAAGGUGCACCCAUUCCGGCCUGGUUCCGAUCAUGUCAGCCAGGUGCUCAAGGUGCAGCAGUCCAUUGUUGGAAAGCGACCGAACUUGGCUCUUGCCCAUCGUCGUCUGGUGUGCUACUGUCGUCUCUACGAGGUCUAUGAUGUUCAUAAGAAAGAGCGCCCCGGUGUUCAUCAGCGCGAAGUGUUUCUCUUCAAUGACCUUUUGCUGGUGACUAAAAUAUUCAGCAAGAAGAAAAACAGUGUCCAGUAUGCCUUCCGACAGUCACUGCCCCUGUGCGGCAUGAACGUGGCCCUUUUCGAGGCACCCUAUUACCCGCAUGGGAUCAGCCUGACCCAGCGAGUGGACGACAGGGCAUUGAUGACCCUGAAUGCUCGGAAUGAGCACGACCGGUGCAAGUUUGUUGACGACCUGAGGGAGUCCAUUCUUGAGAUGGAUGAGAUGGAGAGCCUGCGCAUUGAAGGGGAACUGGAGAAGCAGCAGGCAUUGCGUAGCCCCUGGGACCAGCGGGACUCGGGGCUGGCCGACAUGGAGGCCACGGGGGAGGGCAAUGGAGGCGGCAGCACCUUACUGGCCCAGAGCCCCUGCCUCAAGCGGUCAGCCCUCUCCAAUUCGCUACUCGACCUGCACGACCAGCAGACAGCGGUGCGGCCAGUUCGUCGAGGCAGCGCGGGUUCUCUGGACAGUGGCAUGUCCAUCUCCUUCCAGUCCUCGGCGGCCAGUUCGGUGAGCCGGGAGUCGUCACCCCACACGGUCCAGCAUCCGGAUGGCGCAGUAGCGGCAGCAGCCACCAGCUCGGGCGACGGGACCCGGCACGGCUUCCUGGGAAACCUGUUUGGCAAGCGUGGUCGCCACAUGGCAGUGACCACCACCUCCACUACACCCCAAGUGGCAGCUGUGGUGACCUCAGAAGUGCCAGCAAUGACAGAACCACCAGGAUAGGUGGCGGGUUACCCACCUGCCCGCCUUAACCCCCAGUGUACAUACGCGAUAGGCCAUUUUAUUUUGCAAAUUGACUCUCUAUCUGCCUCUCCUCUAUGUACAGCAGAAGAUUCGCAUUUUAAUAUAUAUAUAUCACACCCUUCCCACUCCCCCCUGCUCUCUUGCCCCUUUUGUAUGAGAACUUCCCUGCUCUUAAAGCAUACCUUCCCCACCUCACCCCACCCCAACCUCACAAUAAAGGCCCCACUCCUCUUGCUCAGUCUGUGCAAGCGUGGUGCAGUUGGCCUGCUCUGAGUGUUGCUAGUGUGGCCCUGUGGCCGCAGUCAUGGCCUGUCCAUCAGAGGAGAGAGCAGACAGCCGAAUGGCACCCAUGACAUAGAGGCACCCAUGGCCUUGUGCAGAUGAGCUUUUUUCCACCACCACAUUUAGUGUAUUGGUGACGUCAUUGCACCUGUGCCUAUUAAGAGGAGGAUGAGGUAUGCCGGUGCUGUAACUGUGCAUGUCAGCAUGUGUACAUAAAAGAAGAGAAAAAAAAAGUGUAUACUAUGCAGCAGAGUGCAAGUCUCUUGUGGUAUAAUUGAAAGCUGCACAUUUUCCCUGAGCACAGAAGCAGUCGAACAAAUUGUCUGAACUUGAGAUCACGUUGCAUGCUUCCAGGAAGCGGCACAUUUGUGAAUGUUAGUGGCAGAAAUCUGGCACACACUAAUUUGCUUAUUCUAUUAUUCUAUUAAGAAAUCUUCUGUUUAGUGGGUUUUACCGGUGUUCAUAAAGCCGCAGAGAAAUUGAACUGGUGAGCUUGUAUACGAGAUGGUGGGUGAACGCACUUCGUGCGGUUCACCUUUUUUCUAGAUAUCUCGAACGCUUUUUUUUUUAACUGACGUGAUGCUGAAAACUUGCCCUCUUGGCGUACACCAAAAUACUUUUAAUGUGCUGCUACAUGAAAGAAGUUAAUCUCUAGUGAGUGUUCAGAAUAUCAUAAAUGUGCAAGUAUUGAUACUUCAUCCUAACGUAUGCUACAGAGAGUAUGUGAAUACCGUGUGACAAUAUAGUAUAUGGAGUCUGCAGGAUUUGCUUCCAGUCAGUGCAUGCAAACAGUCCAUUUCGGGCUAAAUGUUUGUAAAUGUUUCACAUCUUGAUAUGUGUGCACAUAAAGAAGCUCACCAAUG